AUGCCUCCAAGAAGAGAAGAUCCCGAAAUUGCGAGACUUGUGUCCGAGCAAAUUUUGGCGGCCCUUCCUAAUAUAGUUAGCCAAGUAGCAGUAGGCUUGAACGCUAACCAAGCAAACAACCAAGGUACAACAGCAAAUAGAGACUGCACGUAUAAAGGCUUUAGGGCUUGCAACCCAAAAGAAUUUCAUGGGACAGAAGGAGCCGUGGGAUUACUUGCUUGGAUUGAAGGAAUGGAGUCCGUCCUUCAUAUCCGUAUAUGUGCUGAAGGAAGCAAAGUGGAGUUUGCAGCUUGUUUACUGCAAGGACGAGCAUUAACGUGGUGGAAUACCCAGAUACAAACCCGAGGUCGGGAAGCAACCAACAGACUUACGUGGGAAGAAUUCAAGAAAUUACUCAAGGAAGAGUACUGUCUGAGGAGCGAGAUCCAGAAGUUAGAAGCAGAACUGUGGAAUCACAAAAUGAAGGGAAGUGAUGUAGAGUCAUACACUGCUCGCUUUCAUAAGCUGGCAAAACUGGUGCCACAUUUGGUGUCAUCUGAAGAGAACCGAAUUGACCGUUAUGUCUGGGGUUUAGCUCCAGAAAUUUGGGGGAAUGUGACUUCGGCCAAUCCAAAAACACUUCAGGAAGCUGUGAACUUAGCGACAAAACUCACCAACAAUGCUAUUCGGUCAGGAUCAUUUGCAAAUGAUAAAGUCAAGGGUAAGAGAAGAAUGGAGGUGUCCGUGAGAAAGAACUUCAGCGAGAGGGGCGGUAAGGCCCAAAAAGUGAUAAAAAACUUUGGGGCUCAGACACAGACAGCAGAAAAGGACAAGGGAGCUUACCCUAGGUGUGACAAGUGCAAUAAUCACCAUGGCGGGAGAUGCAUCAUCUGUCUCAAAUCCAACAAAGAAGGUCAUUUCGCUAAAGAUUGUAGGAACGGAAGGAGACGAACAUGCCAUGAGUGCGGAAGCCCGGAUCACUUUAGGAAUGCAUACCCGAGACUGAACCGAGGGCCAGUUACUAACCCAGCACGACCAGUCAACCAAGGAAAUCAAGGAGGCCAAGCACGAGGUCGAGCGUUUUAG